UUUUUUUUUUUUUUUUCUUUGGCUGUAUAUCAAUUAUAAAUAAUGGCUAUGGGUGAUGUUUCGCCCGACUCGUCUUUUCAUAGAUGAUGCUUUGGAUGAAGCGGUUAGCACUGGAGUUAUUCUGGAUCAUUGGGAACUUUGUCUACACUGGUUUCACUAUUGCUUUGCCGACCUACAUAUACAUUCUUUGCAUUGAGGAUGCACGGUGCUCAUCGGACUCCAUAGACACUACCGUAUAUUUGAAACACUGGAGAAGCCGUUGCCGAAUUUCCAAGUCCAUGCUCGCGGCCCUUCAAGAAGCGCCGCAAGGGAAUACAAUAAUUAUGCAGAACAGACAAAAAAAAGCAGCGAACAAAGACGAGUUCACCUUUUCAACUUGUUAA